CUCUCACAACACAACACGAACGCAUUGCCCUACACUACACGUCCGCCACAGCUAUAUUCACCAUGCCCGAGAAGCGGAUUGAGCAAUGGGAGAUCGACCGUUACUGGGAGAUCUUCUCAUCGCUCUCGAAUGGCUCGUCACAUUUGGACGGCACCCAGGCUGCCUCCGUGCUCAAGAACUCACAGCUGCCGGAGAAUAAACUGGAGAGAAUAUGGGACUUAGCAGACGUCGACAAUGACGGCCGCCUGGACUUUGAGGAAUUCUGCGUUGCGAUGCGCCUGAUAUAUGAUAUCAUGAACGGAGAGUACCUGGACGUGCCACAGACACUACCGGACUGGUUGGUGCCAGAGAGCAAGGCCCAUCUUGUACAGGCAACGCGCGCUGUCAGUGGCGGAGGGGAGAGAUGGGAGCGGCCUGAUUACGACGACGAGGGCAACGAAGGCUUGAAAGAUGGAUUCGAUUGGUAUAUGCCACCGAAUGAACGCACCAAAUAUGAAGAGAUAUACACAUCAAGCAGGGACACGCGAACGGGUCUGAUACGAUUUGAGGCGCUUGCUGAGCUAUAUGAAAGUCUGGAUGUUCCAGACACGGAUGUCAGAAGUGCAUGGAACUUGGUCAAUCCGAAGAGCGAGGAAGGCAUCAACAAAGACGCUUGCUUAGCAUUUCUGCAUAUUCUCAAUAAUCGACACGAAGGUUAUAGAAUACCGCGAUCUGUUCCUCCUUCACUACGAGCCACCUUCGAACAAGGACGAAUAGAAUACAACAUCGAUCGUGUGCAGUCCGCAGCUGAUCGGUGGGGAACGAAUAAGCGGGACGACACGUUGACGGGCAAGAAAGCCAAGUUUGGAGACACAUAUUUGUCACGCUUAGGUGUAGGAGAGCGGAAACCAAAGGGCACCGAUUUUGGCAACACACCGAAAGACGCGGACUGGGAGGAAGUGCGGCUGAAGAAGCAGCUCAAGGAGAUCGAGGAAAAGAUGGCCAAAGUCGAAGAAGCGGCAGAAAAGAAGCGAUCGCGAGGUGGAAGACGAGAAGAUUCAAAGCCUGCGCUCGUGAAGCGGGAGCUGGAGCAGCUACUGGAUUACAAGAGACGAGAAUUGCGCGACCUCGAGAACGGCGAAGGCAAAGCGAAGAGCGGACAGAGCCUGAAGUCUUUCAACGAUGAGAUCGCAAUGGUUAAGGAACAGAUCGAUGGACUAGAGGCGCAUCUUCGCAAAAGAGAGCAGGUGUUGCAAGACCUGAAAUCUCAGAUCGAGGCGGAGCGAGCAGGCGCACGAUAGACAUGCGAUGCAUGUCAGCCGAAGAAAUCGUAACAUUGUGUACAGAUUAUACCCAUCCCUAUCGGAUAUAGUGCAAUGAAGCUAUUGACAGUGGAACUCCGGCUUGUUGCCACGACAAACCACGACAAAUCUUCAUUCCGAGAGGCUGGGACAUCUUCACGCAAUCAUCCCACUGUCUCUUGGCUGGGGAACACGGAACAAGUCCGAAGAACAACCACUAGUCACCGAUGCAGCGGCUAGGAGAGUCGGGAUGUUUUGACAUGACUCGGGUGCGCGAUACUCUGUUGCUCAAAUGUGCAGUCUAGAGAUCAUGCACUAUUGACGCGAAACAUAAGAAAGCCAUCGGAUCCGAGGAAUGUACGCGCAUAGCGCCGUGGUAUGCACGCGAGGAACAUCUGGCGAGUAAUCACCUCUCAUCUUUGCAUCUUCAAGCAUUCGCUCCCGUCUGUCUCUGUUUUCACCCCUCUCUGCCUACGCGCCGGGUUCUUUCGAGA